AUGCGGGUGCACGUCAUGUGUCUCUGGGCGCUGGUCGUCUUCAGCGAUGGCGCCGACGACGUGAUCCGCGUCAAGACGCUCGAGCCGCAGGCCAACGACGGCAGCUUCCAGAGCUACAAGAUCGCGAGUGCGCUCGGUGGCGACGGCUUCAAGAGCGAGUACCGCUGGUUCAACUCCAACCUUGGUCUGCGCACCAAACACGUGAGUGUCGGCGAGCUCGCGCGCACCUUUUACGACGGCGUCGUUGGCACCGCCAAGAAGCUCACGACGUCCCUUGCUUGGGUCGUGCGUACGAUGCAGCAGUCGCCCACCCAUCCUCGCAUCGACGACACCACUGGUAGCAUGCGCUUGGCGCCGCUCUUGGACCCGGCCGCUGCGUUUCUAACGAUUGACGCCUUUGUGCGCAAGUACAACAUUUCGACGCGCCGUGGGAACGAGACAAAUGUGGCGUCAAUCCCGAUUCUGCAUGCGUACAACUACACGGGCGUCACGUACAUCAACGUCACGGCCUCGAUCGCGAGCCGGUUUGCGCCGUAUUCGUCCUACGCGUCUACGUACUAUGCGCCGUCGCUGCCCAACGGCAUCUUGCCCACGACCACAUACCCGUGGCCGUGGGGCAGCGCGGUCACGCAGCUGAACGCGCUCGUCCAGCUUGCGUCGUCGUUGUCCAAUUCGAGCAGCGAUUCGGGCGCCAACGAAACGCUGGCAGCGAUGCGCGCGAUUUGGGCGUCCUUCUACAUCGUAUCAGGAAUCCCCGUGCCGCCGAGUGUAGCACCGCGCACGUCGUUGGCGGUCGGCGAUACGUCGCCGGGGCUGGCCUUCUACGCCUAUCCGGCGCCCGCGGCCGGCUUUGGUCGGUCGGGCGUCACGUUCUUCGCUCCAUCGCUUUUGAACCGCAGUCUCUUGGUGAUCGACCAGCUCCGAUUGGCGUUUGACGAUGCGUUGGAUGCAGACGUCGCCGGCUUGCUCCAUGGAAUUGAGUCGCCGUCCAGCACGUGGUACUCGGCAUACGACCGGGAGACCGAUGAGCUGGCCGACUUGUGUCUCGGCAGCCUCGUCGCCGCGCCGACACGCGAUGCGCCGCGCCUCUUCAACUUGCUCGUCGAGAACGACGCGCAGCAGCCGAGCUGCUUGUGGCAAGCCAACGCGUACUACUUCCGCGUCAAGGCUCGCGCGCCUCGCCGUAGCGUUAGCGUAGCGAUCGGGUCCCUCGCGGCCUACGUCGGUGCGCGCGCCAUGAACGUGACGCGGCUCAAGGCGGCGCUUCGGGCCGACCGCGCGUCUGCGGUGAAGACCGCAGUACAGAGCGCCAAUGCGACGAGCAUGCCACCGCUGGCGAGCAUGGGCGGCGGCGUCGUGCUCUUCUCGGCCAACGACGAUGGUGUCGUGCUGCAGGUGAUCAAGGAACCCGAGCCGAUGCACUUGGUGCUUCGCGCCGUGAUUCGACUCGGCGAAAGCAUGUUUCUGUCCGCCAAGGACAUGGACGUCCUUGUGGCAUGCGUCGCGCUGCAGCUGCUCGGUCACUCGUGCAGCCGCUGUGUAUAG